AUGGAAGAAGCUUCCGACUUUGUGAUAUCGCAGAUGCAGAGGGAACUUUUCUGCAAAGAGAUUGAAUGUAUCCGUCACAACAAGAAACUCCCGGCUAACAGUUCGAUUAUCAACCUGACACCUUUUUUGGAUGACAACGACCUCCUUCGGGUGGGAGGUAGAAUGAACAGGCUCGAAGACACGUCAAGUUCAAUUCCUCUGCAUCCGAUCAUCAUUCCCGGAAAAAGUCACGUAGGGACUCUUCUUAUCCGACAUUACCAUUCGAUGGUCAAGCACCAAGGACGUCACUACACUGAGGGAUCCGUUCGCGCAGCCGGGUUCUGGCUUAUAGGUGGUAAGAGAGCUGUGUCAUCUAUAAUUCACGCUUGCAUUUGUUGUCGUAAGUUGAGAGCUCACCUUCAAACCCAGAAGAUGGCAGAUCUGCCCACCGCUCGGAUAACUGCGUCAGCCGCGUUUACUCAUGUUGGAGUAGACGUCUUUGGACCAUGGCAAAUUGUGUCUAGGAAAACGCGUGGAGGUGUCGCAAACUCGAAACGAUGGUCUGUGUUGUUUACGUGUUUGGCUAUUCGCGCAGUCCACAUAGAGGUUCUGGAGGACAUGAGUUCGAGCUCGUUUAUCAAUGCCCUUCGUAGAUUCACGUCCAUACGCGGUGAGGUCAAGGAGCUCUACUCCGACAGAGGAACCAACUUUGUAGGCGCCACAGAUUCCCUUCACAUCAACGCUGUCAACGUUGAGGACAAACAAGUGAAGAGGUACUUCUUCGAUACCGGUAUUACGUGGAACUUCAACUCUCCCCAUUCGUCGCACAUGGGCGGAGUGUGGGAGCGUAUGAUUGGGCUCUCGCGACGCAUUCUCGACGCUAUUCUUCUUGAACGAAAAAACAAAGCCCUCACUCACGACGUCUUAUCCACGCUUAUGCAUGAGAUCAGCGCUAUCAUCAACAGUAGACCUAUCGUCCAGGUCUCAUCCGACCCAGACUUUCCUACUAUCCUCAGUCCUUCGACGUUGUUGACACAAAAGAACUACGUUUGUCACGAACCGUUUGGAAACCUUGACAUUAAGGACAUGUACCGUAAUCAGUGGGCUCAGGUUCAAGUCCUAGCCAAUGCCUUCUGGUCGCGAUGGAGCAAAGACUAUCUUAGUACUCUACAAACGCGAACCAAAUGGAAACAUGAAUGUGACAAUCUCAAAGAAGGCGACGUCGUUUUUCUCAAGGAAGCCUCCGAGGCCAGACGUCAAUGGCCUAUGGCUACGGUGAUUAGCACCUUCCCCGGCACAGAUGGGCUUGUUCGCAAGGUCGAACUCCGCUUCGCCAGAACGGACAGAACUACAACGUUAGUUAGACCAAUUACUGAACUCGUUUAUUUGCUCAGCGAGUGA